CUGAUUAUAGCUGGUAAGCUGUCAACUAUAUUUUGCUCAUUCUACAUUUGAUAACAAACGUGAAAGCAAAGUUUUGUAAUCAAUUCAGUUAAUACUCUGUAAAAAUGACUACUGCUGCUAGACCAACAUUUGAACCUGCCCGUGGAGGCUCAGGACGUAAUGAGAAAGAUCUUAGUGCAAUUUCCAGGCAGUAUUCAAGCAGAGAUUUACCAGGACACACCAAAUUGAAAUACAGGGAACAUGGACAAGGUACAACAGAAGAGAUCAGGUCAAGAGAUUUCCGUAAGGAACUUGAAGAGAGAGAAAGGGACACCAAGGGUACCAGUAGGAGUGGACGUACUUCAGAGCAUAGCAGUACUAAACGCUUGAAGCUAGAGCAAGUACCUGCUGCCAGUUUAGAUGCAGAUGAUGCUUUGGAGGAAGAAGAUUCAUCGGAUAGUGAUAGUGAUGAUGACACUGAGGCCCUGUUAGCUGAAUUAAAUAAAAUCAAGAAGGAAAGGGCAAUGGACCAAGCAAAAAAGGAAAUUGAACGUAGACAAGAAGAAGAGAGGAUUAGAAUGGAAAACAUAUUGAGUGGAAAUCCUUUGUUGACACACUAUUCUUCAGGGUCAGCAAAAGGUGAUAACAAAGUGAAGAGAAGAUGGGAUGAUGAUGUUGUUUUCAAGAACUGUGCUAGAUCUGAACCAGAGAAGAAAUCAAAUGUGUUCAUCAAUGAUUCCCUGCGUUCAGAUUUCCAUAGAAAAUUUAUGGAAAAAUAUGUUAAGUAAACUAAUUUGGACAUAAUUACGACAUAAGAUAAAUAAAUUACGUUUUUCUA